UUCUGCUUACUUUUGGCCUCUCUAGCAAGGCGUGAAACAUGUCUGAGACGGCUCCCGCAGCUCCUGCGGCUCCUGCACCUGUGGAGAAGGCACCUGUGAAGAAGAAGGCGAAGAAGACCGGCGCCGCCGCCGGGAAGCGCAAGGCGUCCGGCCCCCCGGUGUCCGAGCUCAUCACCAAGGCCGUGGCCGCCUCCAAGGAGCGCAGCGGCGUGUCCCUGGCGGCGCUCAAGAAGGCGCUGGCGGCCGCCGGCUACGACGUGGAGAAGAACAACAGCCGCAUCAAGCUCGGGCUCAAGAGCCUGGUGAGCAAGGGCACCCUGGUGCAGACCAAGGGCACCGGCGCCUCCGGCUCGUUCAAGCUCAACAAGAAGGCGGCUUCCGGCGAGGCCAAGCCCAAAGCCAAGAAGGCGGGCGCGGCCAAGGCCAAGAAGCCCGCGGGGGCGGCCAAGAAGCCCAAGAAGGCGACUGGUGCCGCCACCCCCAAGAAGGCCGCCAAGAAGACCCCGAAGAAGGCCAAGAAACCUGCGGCCGCCGCUGGUGCCAAGAAAGUUGCCAAGAGCCCGAAGAAGGUGAAGGCAGCCAAGCCCAAGAAGCCAGCCAAGAGCCCCGCCAAGGCCAAAGCCCCCAAACCCAAGGCUGCCAAGCCCAAGGCUUCCAAGCCGAAGGCCACCAAGGCAAAGAAGGCCGCCCCUCGCAAGAAGUGAAGUGGCCCGUCCUGCCUUAAACCUCAACGGCUCUUUUCAGAGCCACCCACAAGUCUCAAUCAAAAGAGCUGAGCUUUCUCUGGUAACGUUUGCUCCUGUUGCACCGGUCAGCUGACUAUGCAGCUGUGCGGCCUGAGGCACAGCCCGGUUAAUGCGAGUUUCCGUGGGUGGCGUGGGGUAACGCGUUAUAAAAAGUUAGCGUCAUUUUCAGCACCAUCAUGUUGGCUCCUGGUGGAGGCAGUAUCCCUGUGUAAGUUUUGGGCUUCCGGGCUUGUUUGCUCUACAUAGGCUUUUUUUUUUUCUUCCCCUUAUGCACAGGUUCUUGGCGGGAAGUCUUCAUCUGUGGCGCCCAGGCGCGGUAAACGGACAGGCUUCUCUUAAGGCAGCUGGAGCUUGAGUUUUCCUUUCCAAUCUGUCUCCAAACUGGUUUUGAGAAUUAUCCAAUCAGACCAUCCUCUGAGUCCAUGAGUGGGGACCGUUGCACCAACCAGAGAGUGUGAUGUUAAGGUUUGCGUUUAUGUAUGGGACACUGGCAGUUUUUCUGUCCCUGCCCCUUCUCACCCAAGAGCUCUGGAAUUCUGUCCUAAGGGGUUGAGAGGUUGAGAUUUUUUUUUUUUUUUGAAUGGUGAAAGAACAUGGAUUUCCUCAAUACCUCACCAUUCUCGGAGUUUUUAGGGACUGAUCUCAUUGCCAUUCUGUUUAACCUGCUGCAAACUUUUCUAACAUCCUGAAUGUUAAGCUGUAGUACUUCACGCUGCUUCCUCAUACAUUGUCCUGAGUUUAUCUGUUCUUCCUUAUUUGUGAGUUGAGCAGUAGACCAAGAACGUGAAGGAAAAGCUGUUUUUUGGAAGGUUGCUGGACCUCUCAAUAUUAACACCGCUCCCCCCACCCCCUGCAAAAAAGUGUAGGUGUGUUUGAGAGCAGGCAGGGUCCACUUUACUUUCUUUAUGUCCCCAUAACGUAAGAAUUGUACAGAUGCUGAGCGAAGGUCCUGGUAGGAAGAAAUCACAUAUCAGUUUUUUCUUUCCCCACGAGUGUUCCAGGCCUGGAGGCAAACACCUGUGCCAACUGAGCCAUCACAUCGCUAUACUUAAACUUCAAUUCAAUAUAGCACCUCUUUAAGAAGAUAGUGGGCCUCUUAAAGAUGGUUCAGUGGGUAAAGGAUCUUGUAGCUAAACCUGAAGACCUGAGUCCAAUCCCAGGAACCCACGUGAUGGGAGAAAACAGACUCCUGAAAGAUAUUCUUUGACCUCUGUACCACACACACACACACACACACACACACACACACACACACACACACACGCUAAGGUAGAACUGUAGUGAUGGGCGCUGAAUUUGAGUUUGAUGUAAUUUAAGAGAUAAUUUAAAGGAUAGGUAGCUUCCUAUUGCAUUUUGCAAGUGCCUGCAAUAUUGGAAGUGCAUAUAUAAUCAGAAUACCCUGCAGUUAUUGUGUCUCCAAAUGAAGUUCAUGUCCUAAGUGUUCCUUGUGUCUGCUGCCAGAGUUGAUUAUCUGAUGGGGCUAAAGAACGAUCAAGAAACACAGGAAAAGACAUGAUCAUGGCCACUACUUUUCUUAUCCUGCACACUUUAAGUACUUAAAAAUUAUUGUUUCAAGAGUAAGUUUAGCUUUUCACAGACAUUCCCAUUGACUGCACAACAAAACAAAAGUUGUGGGCUGCUGAGCAGGUCUCCAGUGGCACAUGAUCCAGUGAAAUGCUUGUUGCCAAGCUUAUACUCCUUAAUCCCAACACUCAGGAGGCAGAGGCAGGCCCAUUUUCCCUCUUGUUUCCCUCUCCUCUACGACUGAGUAUUUGAUUGAAUUUAUAAAAUCUCAUGAGCUGAAUUAGAAUACUGUCUUACAUCAGUUGGAUUUAGACGUUUAAGGGAAAUAUAUAAAUAUAUAUUAAAAUGCAUAUGAACAUGAUUGGAAUGUUUUUCUGACC